CUAAUCCCUAACCAUCCCUACUUCUGAACCUAAUCCCCCUUUCAUCCAUUGAUUUCCUCUUAGCUAACCCCUCCUCUAUCAAAGCUCUUACCUUUCUUCAGCUAUCCCUUCAUCUCCUCAUCCCAGAUCUACUAGUUUGAUUGCCUUUUUUUUUUUUUUUAGUUGUUUUCUUAGCGAAGUCCUUUCGAAUAACCUUGCUACGAUACUUUUAUCUCGGCAACUAAGCAAUGGCCAUAAGAGUGAUCCCGCAUGCUGUCGUCAAAGGACUUGAUGAUGACGACCUUGCAAGUAGCACAACGAGGACGAUGGCGGCCUUGAAAGAUGAUGGCAACCUUGAAGGACUAUGGGAUGGGUUUGGCUUCAAGAACUUGACCAUUGCUCACUCGGUUUCUAACACCCAAAUCCUCAAGAUUGCCUUUUCAUUGCCUUUUUUUUUUUCCUUGUCUAAAUCAAGAAAUGGUUGAUAAGAAGAAACUUGAGUUCUUCUAUGAAUUAAAUUUAUUUAUUUAUUUAUUUAUUUAUUUAUUUUUUGUUUCUUGAGUUCUUUGCGUGCCUCUCCUUUUCUAUUUCUCUGAUUUUCUUCAUUUGUUCUCUUACUCUAAUAUGGGUUUCUUUGGUUGUUUCUUUUUCUUUUGUUCAUUUUUGCUUCACCAUUCUUGGCUUGUGUAUUGAAUCUAGGGUUUUUCACACCGUUGAUCUUGGAUUUCAUGGUUAAGUAGCUAUCAAAAUUCGUAGAGGGGAGGCGACAUUGCAUCUAUGCUAAAGAUUAUUCGAACAAAUGUGAUCUAGAAUU